AUGCCUCAUUCAAACAAUUUAGAAUUAACAACUCGCUCUCCAUCAAUUAAAUUAAAAACUUUACGUGCAUUCAAUCUUUUAUCAAUCUUAUUGGCUUCCUUUUUAAAUACUUAUUUUAUAGUAUUUUCUCAUUCAAGUAAAGAGAUAUAUGAUGAUUAUCCUACUUUUUUUACCCCUUCAGCAACAUUUGUUGGAAUAUUUUGGAUUACCCUACAGAUUUUACAAAUCGUAUUCGCUGUUUUCGCUCAAUUAAGUAACAUUCAAUUUGUACAAGAAAUUGUAGAAAAUGCUGUUAGUUGGUGGUUUACAUUUAGUAAUUUGUUUCUAUGUGGUCAAUUAUAUUUCUUGAUUCGAAAAUUUUUCAUCCUUGCGGAACUUUUCGUUCUUUUGACUUUAAUUUCUACAUCUAUAGUUCAUCAUCGUCUCACGUUCAAUUAUCCACCAAAUCAUCUUCCAGAGUCCGUUGCAUCCAAGAUUAUUUCAUUCAUUCAUACCCCAUUUGCAAUGCUUUCAGCCUUUUCUUUAUUAAAUUUAUUUCAUAUUGGAUUUAUUGCUUUUGCUCAAGGUUAUGAAAAAAAAUAUGUCAUUAUCGCAAUCUUAUUAGCUUGUAUUAUGGCUAUUAUUGGAGUUGCUUGGAGCGUUACUGGUGCGUUUGGUAGAGGGAAAAGAGACGGUGUGUUUAAUGCUACAAUUGCUUGGGCCUUGCUUGGAAUUGCAGUGCAUCAACGCGAAACGAAAUAUCUAUCCAUUACUUGUUUGAUAUUGGCAAUUAUACAACUUCUAGUUAUUUUUAUUGUGUGGUACAGAUAUGGUGGAAGCUUUACUGCACUUAUUGGUUCAAGUCCAACUAGAAGAAGGGUCUCUUAUUCACAAAAUGAUCUUAGAGAACCUUUGUUAUCACCUCAGCGUGAUAGCAGUUUAGGUGAAGAGGCAUAA